UCGAACCAAGUUCUCUGCAACCAUAGAAUAUGACAAUCACUUAUGUUACCCGCUGUCCGGAGGACAAUCAACAAAAUAACUUUAAAAUUAAGGAUUCCGAGGGAGGAUAUAUUCCUAAAGCUCAGCCAACAAUGCAAAAUGUGAAUGUAACCAUGGGAAAUACAGCUUCUAUGCGUCAUUUCAACAAGCAACUCAAUGUGGCCUCUGCAGUGUUUUUUCUGUUCGUAUAUGGAGGCAUGGAUCUGGCUCACAGUACAGGUUGGAAUCAAACUCUAAACACAAAGGCCUCCCAACAGUUCAAAUGCAGUUGGUUUAUCGGAGUUCUUGGAGGAUCCGUGCUAUCGUCCCUGGUUAUGAGCUUUCUGCCAAAGUUGCCUUUCUAUGUCCUAGGAGGACUCCUGCAGCUCACUGGCGCCAUCAUCUUCACCUGUGCUCCCUUCAAUUACACACUUCUUCUGGCUGCUCGUUACGUCUCAGGCGCUGGAAUUGGCCUAAUAACUGUCCCAUUCCUCAUUCACAGUGCCGAAGUAUCGACGGAUAAAUAUCGAGGGGUUAGUGGAUCCAUGGAGCAGUGUGGUCUGGCCCUGGGCAUCGCCAUUCAAGUGAUCUAUGACACUCAGUUGGUAGAUGACAAGGAGGCAUCCGUUAAUGAGGUCCACGGAAUCAUAGGCAUUGUUUUGUCCCUGCUGGGUCUGGGCAUGACAGCCCUCUCGAUCGAGUCACCCGUCUUCCAUCUGCGUCGCAAUCAGGAGGAGAUGGCCCGCGAGUGCCAUGAGAAACUCCUGGGAAGCUUCAAUCCCUAUGUUGACCAGGCUUUUGAGGAGGUCAGUCUAUAUGUGGCUGAGAGCCAGGAGAGAACCUUCUUCCGGGAACUGCUUGCCUCCGUGUUGCCUUUCAUCAAGAUGCUUUUCUAUCGCGGCUUUGUGGCCUUCUCCUUCUCCCUGCCUCUGUCUGCAUCCCUAAUCUCGAGUGCCAAGCUCACCGAGGGUGAAAUUUCCUGCUGGCCAGUCACUGUGUGGGGUCUGGUGCGCCUCCUUGGCGCUCUUGUCGCUCAAGGAUUCCUGGAUAAGGUUGGAAGGAAACUGUUCUCCCUGGUGGGAUUGCUCUGCAUGGCCAUCCUGAUGCUGUGCAUGGCUGUCUCCUACGAUGAUCCAUCCAACAUCCUGGUCACCUUUUACAUGUAUCAGGUGUGGAGGCUGGGCGUUGCCUUUCAGGCCUUUGCCGGAGUCUUUGUCUGCAGUUCCUCGGUGUAUCUGGGUGAGGCUUUCCCGCUGCGUGUGAAACCCUUACUUGUGGGUUAUAUCAUAGGAUUUGAGCAAACGAUUCACAUCCUCAAUAUAGUGGGGUACAACAAGGGUUCCGCUGACUUUUUCUAUCGUUACUAUCUCACUGUUGGAAUUAUCCUUAUGCUUGGAGUGAUAUUCUUUGCGAUUGUCAUACCAGAGACAAAGAAACUCACACUCCGGGAGGCUGGCAAGAGGUUCCAGCGACUAUUAAAUAUACGAUUUUUCUAAGAAAAAUACC